CAUCCUAUGGGCUCAAAGACGCGGUGCACUGUCCGGCACCGUCCGGCACCUCUAAGCCCUACUGAGGGUUGUGCAAUAGCCACCCCGGCCGUCCGGGCGUGAGUCCUGCUCGGUGCCCACCACCCCCAGCGACGCCUGCGUUAUGGCCGCCCCACCGCAGCUGCGGAUUCUGCUCUUUGCGGUCAACGCACUGUUGCGCAAGCGCCGCUACCACGCAGCCCUGGCCAUGCUGAAGGGCUUCCGGAACGGGGCCGUCUAUGGAGCCAAAAUCCGGGCCCCUCACGCGCUGGUCAUGACCUUUCUUUUCCGGAGUGGCAGCCUCUGGGAGAAGCUGCGCGCCAUCCUGCAGGCCACGUACACCCACUCCUGGAACCUGGCCAGGUUUGUGUUCCUCUACAAGGGACUCUGUGCCCUGCAGUCCCACGUCCAGGGCAAGACCUACCAGGCACACUCAUUCGUGUCUGCCUUCAUCGGGGGCUUUCUGGUGUUUGGAAACAACAAUAACGUCAACAGCCAGAUCAGCAUGUACCUGCUGUCCCGCGCCCUAUUUGCCCUGUGCCGCCUGGGUGUGGAGAAGGGCUUCAUCCCCGAACCCAGGACGGACCCGUUUCCGUGGUUCACGGCGCUGGUGUGGGGGCUGGUGCUGUGGCUCUUCGAGUACCACCGGCCCACCCUGCAGCCCUCACUGCAGUCGUCCAUGACCUACCUGUACGAGGACAGCAACGUGUGGCAUGACCUCUCGGACUUCCUUAUCUACAACAAGAGCCAACCCUCCAAGUAACAGCGCCCCCAGGUGCUCAGGAAGGCUCCUGCACCCCAGUCGGGUGACGGAGGUGUCCAGCCGCGGUUUGAGAUUGGCUCCAUCUGCUAACCAUCCCGGAGGAUCCUACACCUUCUAGUUCUGGAGUCUCAGACUCUAACUUUUAUUAGCCCAGGGUUCCAUUUGGCGAAAUGGAAGCACUGAUUAUCAGUUCUCGUUAGGUACUCUUGAAUAGUGGAACGAGCCACCGAAUCAGGCUGAGGAGCCUUGGGCACAGGGACAGCUGCUGACUCUUGAGAGACCAGGGAAGGUCACACCCCACCCUGGGCCUCAGGGAUCAUCCAGCCCAGAGGAGGGCACCGAAGUCUCUUUCUGGUGGGUAUGUUCUCUGACCAUUCUUCUAUAGCAGAGGCUUCUGGCUGGGGGGCAGUGGGUUGCAAAAAUGCAUUUUUAGACAAUACUCCGUUCCUUGCCUUGGGUGUUCUAUUGUAGAAGCUCCAGCGUUUCCACUGUCCAACAGAAACACAGUGUGAGACAUAUGCGACUGAGCUUUUUUUAGCAGCCACAGUUUUUAAAAAGUGGAGGGAAUUCCUGGUGGUCCAGUGGUUAGGACUCUGCUGCCAAGGGCAGGGGUUCUAUACCUGGCUGGGGAGCUAAGAUCCCACAUGCCAUGAGGUAUGGCCCCCCACCCCAAAAAAAAAAAAAUGUGGGGAGAGAAAGAGGCAGAGGAGAUUAACCUUAAUUAUAUCUUUGAACCCAAUAUUUCUCAAAUGUUAUCAUUUUAAUGUGUGCUAAAUAUAAAAAUAAGAUAUUUUACAUUU